AUGAUUAACAAGGAUCAAAUCAACUGGGAUUAUCUUGAAAACGCUCUUCAAAACAAAUCUGGCGAUGUUCCUCUUGCCGAACGUUUCCGUGCUCUUUUCACCUUGAAGGCUAUUGGUGACGAAAAGGCUAUUGAUAUUUGUGCUGGAGCUUUUUCUGAUGAAUCUGCUCUUUUGAAGCACGAAAUUGCCUAUUGUUUAGGUCAAACUCGUAACCCUUAUGCCAAGAAAUGCCUCACUGAAGUUCUUGAAAACGAAGAGGAACAUGUUAUGGUCCGUCACGAAGCUGCUGAAGCCAUGGGUGCUCUCGGUUUCGAGGACUCUCUCCCCAUUUUGGAAAAGUAUGCCAAAGAGGAUCCUGAACAAGCCAUUGUUGAAACUUGUCAGCUCGCCAUCGAAAGAAUUAAGUACGUCAAUGACCCUAAUAACAAGAAGGAUCAAGAAUACCGCAGUAUCUACAGUUCCAUUGAUCCUGCCCCUCCUAGUUUGGAACCCAAGGAUGUCAAGACCCUUGGUCAAGAAUUAAUCGACCCCAAGUUGCCUCUCUUUGAGAGAUACAGAGCUAUGUUUGCUCUUCGUGAAAUCGGCACCACGGAAGCUGUCUUGGCUCUUUGUGAAGGUUUGAAGGAUACCACUUCUGCUCUUUUCCGUCACGAAGUAUGCUAUGUAUUGGGUCAAUUGCAAAGCCCUGCUUCUGUUCCUGCUCUUUCUGAAUCUUUGAAGAACAAGGAGGAAGCUCAUAUGGUUCGUCAUGAAGCUGCUGAAGCUCUUGGUUCUGUUGCCAGCCCCGAAGUUUUCGAGAUUUUGAACAAGUACAAGGAUGACGAAGAACCUGUUGUUCGUGAAUCUUGUAUUGUUGCUCUUGAUAUGUUUGAGUAUGAAAACAAUGAUGCUUUCCAAUAUGCUGAUGGUCUCGAGUCGGAAAAGCAAAACAUGCACAACCUCAAGCUUGCCACUGCCACUAAUACCAACAACUAA